CCGUGUCCCAGCUCGGACUGAACCGACAUAAUGCAAUGAUGGCAUUCAAGGCUUCCAUACCCCCAGCGGCCUGGUAUGUUUAUCACAAUUAUGGGUAGAUCUUCUCCAGGUCAAUAUCUACCUGGCUCCAAUCAUAUCUACUUGUGCUUUACCAGCACCCCCGCUGGCAAAACUGGUUGAGUACAACCUGGAACUCGCCUUCGCAUUCGUGUUGAUGUACUGCCGGGUGUUACUCGCAGGCUGGUGUGGUUUGCAGGCAUGGAAGCACACUCUGGGGCAUUUGGGGGCAUUUGGCGACACGGGGUCCUACAGCUCCUCCGGAGAAGCUGCUGUUGCUAUCUUUUUGAUGUUUUGGAUCUGGUGCGUUUUCACGCUGAAGUCCGCCGCUCCUAAUUGAAGUCUUCAAUGCACCUUAGUAGGUAUUCUUGCA